AACACAUCAUAAGCAACAUGGGGGCACAUCUGUCACAUGAUCCCUCUACACCUGGGGGGAGUUUUCCCGAUCGCUCACCUCCUGUCACCCAUCAUCCAGAUCAUAGAAAAAGAACUCACACAGGAAAGAAGCCAUAUCUGUGUUCAGAUUGCGGGAAAUGUUUCACCCAGAAGUCCUCUCUCAUAUCCCAUGGACGGAUUCACAUUGGCAUGAAGCCGUACUCCUGUUCCCAGUGUGGAAAAUGCUUUAACUCAAAUUCCCAUCUUCUCCGACAUCAGAGAAUCCACACCGGGGAGAAGCCGUAUUCGUGUUCUGAAUGCGGGAAAUGUUUUACCACGAGCACCGCCCUUGUCAAUCACAAGAGAACUCACACCGGGGAGAAGCCGUAUAUGUGUUCCGAAUGCGGGAAAUGCUUUGGAGCAUGCUCAGCUCUUAUUUAUCACAAAAGAACUCACACCGGGGAGAAGCCGUAUUCAUGUUCGGAAUGCGGGAAAUGCUUUACUACAAAUUCGGCUCUUGUUUACCACAAGAGAACUCACGAAGGGGAGAAGCCGUAUUUGUGUCUGGAAUGCGGGAAAUGUUUCUCUGAGAGUUCAGCUCUCGCUACCCACAAGAGAUCUCACACAAAGGAGAAGCGGUAUUCGUGUUCGGAGUGCGGGAAAUGUUUCAGUAGGAGUUCCACUCUUGUUAAUCACAUGAGGACUCACACUGGGGAGAAGCCGUAUUCGUGCUCAGAAUGCGGCAAAUGUUUCACUUUGGGGUCCCAUCUGGAGCUACACAAGAGAACGCACACGGGGGAGAAGCCCUAUUCAUGUUCGGAGUGCGGGAAACGUUUUAGCCAGCAGAGCAAUCUUAAGUUUCAUAGGAGAAUUCACACUGAGAAGAGGCCUUAUCUGUGUUCAGAUUGCGGGAAAUGUUUCACCCGCAAGUCCUCUCUUGUUUACCACAGACGGCUUCACGUAGGCAUAAAGCCGUAUUCCUGUCCCCAGUGCGGAAAAUGUUUCAAAACAAAGUUCCAACUUCUCCAACAUCAGAGAACUCACACCAGGGAGAAGCCGUAUUCAUGUUCUGAAUGCGGGAAAUCUUUUUCUACGAGUUCAAAUCUCGAUUUUCACAAGAGAACCCACACAAGGAAAAAGGCGCGCUCAUGUUUAGAUUGCGGGAGAUGCUUUACCACGAGUUCAGCUCUUGCUAAUCACAAGAGAACUCACACCGGGGAGAAGCCGUAUACAUGUUCAGAUUGCUGGAAAAGUUUUGCUACGAGAACAAAUUAUGUUAAACACACGAGGACUCACACGGGGGAGAAGCCGUAUUCGUGCUCAGAGUGCGGGAAGUGUUUUACUGAAAGCUCGGCUCUUGUUACUCAUAAGAGAAUUCACACCGGGGAGAAGCCGUAUUCGUGUUCAGAUUGUGGGAAAUGUUUUACUGCAAAUUCGGGUCUUGCUUCUCAUAAGAGAAUCCACACCGGGGAGAAGCCGUAUUCAUGUUCGGAAUGUGGAAAGUGUUUUAGUAGGAGUAGAAUUCUUAUUAAUCACAUGAGAACUCAUACAGGGGAGAAGCUGUAUUCAUGUUCAGAGUGUGGGAAAAGUUUCACUCUGGGAUCCAGUCUUGAGUUACAUAGAAGAAUCCAGACCGGGGAGAAGCCCUAUUCAUGUUCAGAGUGCGGCAAAUGUUUUACUGCGAAUUCAGGUCUUGCUUCUCAUAAGAGAAUCCACACGGGGGACAAACAGUAUUCAUGUUCAGAGUAUUGCGGGAAAGGUUUCACCCACAAGUCUUCUCUCGUUUCCCACGGACGGCUUCACGUAGGCAUAAAGCCGUAUUCCUGCCCCCAGUGCGGAAAAUGUUUCAACACAAAGUUCCAACUUCUCCAACAUCAGAGAACUCACACCGGGGAGAAGCCGUAUUCAUGUUCUGAAUGCGGGAAUUCUUUUUCUUCGAGUUCAAAUCUUGAUUCUCACAGGAGGACCCACACAAGGGAAAAGGCGCACUCAUGUUCAGAUUGCGGGAGAAGUUUUACCACGAGUUCAGCUCUUGUUAAUCACAAAAGAACUCACACCGGGGAAAAGCCGUAUUUAUGUUUAGAGUGCGGGAAAAGAUUUACUACAAGUACAACUCUUGUUAAACACACAAGGACUCACACCGGGGAGAAGCCGUAUUCGUGUACAGAGUGUGGGAAGUGUUUUACUGAGAGUACAGCUCUUAUUUAUCACAAGAGGACUCACACGGGGGAGAAGCCGUAUUCAUGUACAGAUUGUGGGAAAUGUUUUACCGCAAAUUCAGCUCUUGUUACUCAUAAGAGAAUUCACACGGGGGAGAAGCCGUAUUCAUGUUCGGAAUGUGGAAAGUGUUUUAGUAGGAGUACAAUUCUUAUUAAUCACAUGAGAACUCACACAGGCGAGAGGCCGUAUUCAUGUUCAGAAUGUGGGAAAUGUUUCACUCUGGGAUCCAGUCUUGAGUUGCAUAAAAGAAUCCACACCGGGGAGAAGCCCUAUUCAUGUUCAGACUGCGGGAAAAGUUUUACUCAGCAGAGCGCUCUUAAACUUCAUAUGAAAACUCACACGUGGCUGGAGACACGGACUCCUCUCUCAUCCCUGAUCCUGUGUCUCUCUCCACUCUGUCCUCACACUUCCGCCCUGUGGUUCCCGCACUUCCGCUGUGUGCGUUCCAAGGCAGCCCAGCCGAUUCCUGGUUGCCAUAGUCACCGUAUAUUGAUGUGCGGAGCCACCACUAGAGGGAGACAGUCCCUCCGUGUUAGAAGAAGUGUCGGUGCAAGGCGCGGCGGCCAUUUUGUUGUAGCCAAGAACAGUUUGGCGAGUGCAACUGCUGAAAGAAACGUCUUCCUGGACAGUGGUGAUGGCAUAAUUGUGGCUGAAGAUGAAGAAGAUGCAUACCUGAUGGAUGAUGAAUUGUGUGACCAACACAUCAUGGGGGCACAUCUGUCAUCUGAUCCCUCCACACCUGGGGGGAGUUUUCCCGAUCGCUCACCUCCCAUCACCCAUCAUCCAGAUCAUAGAACAAGAACUCACACAGGAAAGGAUUCAUAUCUGUGUUCAGAUUGCGGGAGAUGUUUUACCACAAGUACAGCUCUUAUUAUUCACAAGAGGACUCACACCGGGGAAAAGCCAUAUUUAUGUUCAGAGUGUGGGAAAGGUUUUACAAUAAGUACAUUUCUUGUUAUUCACAAGAGAACUCACACAGGGGAGAAGCCAUAUUCAUGUUCAGAGUGCGGGAAAAGAUUUGCUACAAGUACAACUCUGGUUAAACACAAGAGGAUUCACACCGGGGAGAAGCCGUAUUUAUGUUUAGAGUGCGGGAAAAUAUUUGCUACAAGUACAACUCUGGUUAAACACAAGAGGACCCACACCGGGGAGAAGCCGUAUUUAUGUUCACAUUGCGGGAAAAUAUUUGCUACAAGUACAACUCUGGUUAAACACAAGAGGACUCACACCGGUGAUAAACCGUAUUCGUGCUCAGAGUGUGGGAAGUGUUUUACUGAAAAUUCCAGUCUUGUUACUCACAAGAGGACUCACACCGGAGAGAAGCCGUAUUUAUGUUCAGAGUGCGGAAAAAGAUUUACUAUAAGUACAACUCUUGUUACUCACAAGAGGACUCACACCGGAGAGAAGCCGUAUUUAUGUUCACAUUGCGGGAAAAGUUUUACUGCCAAUUCAUCUCUUGUUACUCAUAAGAGAAUUCACACGGGAGAGAAGCCGUAUCCAUGUGCGGAAUGUGGAAAGUGUUUUAGUAGGAGGACAAUUCUUAAUAAUCACAUAAGAACUCACACCGGGGAGAAGCCGUAUUCAUGUUCAGAGUGCGGGAAAAGUUUCACUCAGCAUAGAACUCUUAAACUUCAUAUGAGGACUCACACUUGUCCGGAUCCUGCAGAGAAGUGUUACAUGUGUCCAGAGUGCGGAAAAUGUUUCACCCGGAAGUCAACGCUUAUGUCUCACCUGCGAAAUCACACAGGCGAGAGGCCGUAUUCCUGCUCCCAGUGCGGGAAAAGUUUUAACACAAAUUCCCAUCUUCACCGACAUCAGAGAGUCCACACCGGGGAGAAGCCGUUUUUCUGUUCAGAGUGCGGGAAAAGUUUUACUACGAGUACAGCCCUUGUGAAUCACAAGAGAACUCACACCGGGGAGAAGCCCUAUUCGUGUUUGGAAUGCGGGAAAUGUUUUAGCGCCUCUUCAGCUCUUAUUUAUCACAAGAAGAUUCACACAGGGGUAAAGCCGUAUUCCUGUUCAGAAUGUGGAAAAUGUUUUUUUUACAAAUUCAGCUGUUGUUUAUCACAAGAGGAGAAGCAUGAUGGAGAGAAGCCGUAUUCAUGUUCUGAAUGCGGGAAAUGUUUUAUCGAGAGUUCAGCUCUCAUUACUCACAAGAGAUCUCACACGGGGGAGAAGCCCUAUUAAUGUUUGGAGUGCGGGAAAAGUUUUAGUAUGAAUUCAACUCUUGUUAAUCACAUGAGAACUCACACAGGGGAGAGGCCGUAUUCAUGUUCAGAAUGUGGCAAAUGUUUUACUCGGGGGUCCCGUCUUGAACUACAUAAGAGAAUUCACACGGGGGAGAAGCCCUAUACGUGUUCGGAGUGCGGGAAAUGUUUUAGCCAGCAGAGCAAUCUUAAAUUACACGAGAGGACUCACACUGGAGAGAAGCCGUAUUCAUGUCAGGAUUGCGGGAAAUGCUUUAAGGCGAGCUCAGCUCUCGUCGCUCACAAGAGAACUCACACGGAGGAGAAGUCAUAG